AUGCAGCUCGUCCUCGGUGUUGCAGCUUGUGUUUUGGGAGUAGCAGUGAUUGCUCGGGCUUAUCGUCCUAGAUCAAAGAGUGGCCUUCCUCUCCCACCUUCUCCUCCCAAUUGGAGACUUAUGGGACACUUCCUUCCCCCUCGCAAUUCAUUUCUUACUGUAGCGGAAUGGAUUAAUGAGUACGGUCCUGUAAUUACCAUUCGCGCAGGAACUGAGAAAGUUGUCAUUAUCGGCCGCCACAAAGCAGCUGUGGAAAUUAUGGAGAAGCAGGGCAGAGUGCUUGCUGAUCGUCCUCCCAUGAAUGCUGGACAAAUGAUUACCGGCGGAUUGGCCAUUGGUUUUACAGGCGUUGGGGACAAGUUCCGUCGGAUGCGUAGAGCGAUUCAUACGCAUCUCCAGCCUAAAGCAGCUGAGGCAUAUCAGCCUAUGCAGAUGUCAUUUGCGAAGAACACGGUCCUUAAUGUUCUUGAUGAUCCAUCCGACUUCCAGAACCACGUGAUAAGUUAUGCUAUGACGACGAUUCUGACAGUGGCAUAUGGGAAGGAUACACCUACAUCUGCAACUGACCCCGAAGUCAGGGCGAUUCGUCAGUACAUGUCAGUAUUUCGGACAGUCCUAAGCCCUGGCGCUUACUGGGUGGACACGAUCCCCUGGCUCAAAUACCUUCCUUGGUACGGCAGAAAUCUAAAAAGGGAGUUUGAGAGCAGCCGGAAAAUCUUUGUUAGUCAGAUGAACCGCUUAAAACAACAAUCACAGAGUAAUGUGGACGCAGGUCCUUCGUUCGGGAGAUAUGUGCUAGAAAAUGAACGUCUCAUUGGCUUGUCCGAGUCGGAGGCGCAUUUUCUUCCUGGCACCUUUUUUGCAGCUGGAGGUGAUUCGUCUACUGCAGCAAUAUGCACUGUGCUGAUGGCAGCUGCAUGUUUUCCCGAGGAGCAAGCUAAAGUCCAGGCUGAGCUUGAUGAGGUUGUGGGAAGGCACCGAGCACCGACCUUCGCUGAUCAACAAUCCCUUCCUCUCCUGGAUGCCUUCAUCUCUGAGGCAUUAAGAUGGAGAACGCUGAGUCCCAAUGGGUUUCCUCACCGAACAACUCAAGAUGUGAUUUGGGAAAAUUAUUGCAUUCCCGCCGGAACUACGGUACUCGGUAGCAAUUGGGCUAUCUCGCGAGAUCCGGAAGUUUACCCUGAUCCUGACGUGUUCAAGCCUCAGCGUUGGAUGAAUGACCAAGGCGGCUUAAGAGACGAUCUCACAUUUUUUGUUUAUGGGUAUGGCCGGCGCAUAUGCCCCGCUUUACACCUUGCAAACAGAUCAGUGUGGAUCAACUCAGCCCUUCUGUUUUGGGCUUUCCAGCUCACUCUAGAUCCUACGAAGCCGCUGGAUGACGUGGGCUUCAUUCAUGUGGCGAUGCCACAUGUCUCUUGCCCUAUUGUGUUCACACCAAGGGUUCCAGACGCGGAGCUCAGGCGCAUCAUGCGUAUUUAUCCUGAGGUUGACACGGAAUGAGACGCAUUU